ACGUGUGGAAAACCCUGUCAUUAUUCAAGGGACUGUUGGAUGGAAAAAGGACGGAGUGACGAUAACGAGCUAGAUAAAAUCCGGCAGCAUUACAGGAUGAUCAUGCAGGAGAAACGCGAAACUGAGGAACGCAGAAGGGAGGAGGAGCUACAGAGGAUCCAAGAAGAGAACGAUAAAAGACGGGAACACGACUUUAUCAGGAGAACCGAGGAGAUGCGCCUACAACUAGAAUCGGGGAUUGAGGAGAAAUGGAGAAAGCAAAACAAGAGGGUGGAAGAAGAGGUCGCUGUAGCGAAAGCUAAGGCGGAGGAGGCGAAGCAGAAGGCCAAAGAAGCUCGCAGUAAAGCAGAAGAGGCACGGAGGAGAAACACGGUCCGGAUCAAUACACCAGGAAGGUCGAUGAAGAAGCGUGGCCGAUCACCAUCAUUAACGUCGUCCUCCGAAUCAGAAGACGAUACAUCGGAAGAUUCGAAGACCGACACGACGGAUUCGGAGGAACAACUCCGGAGAGCGAUUCGACGGAUCAAGAAGAAGAAGAAGGCUCGGAAGGAAAGACGGAAGGCGAGGGGAAAGAAGCCAGUGACUACAGAAAAGAAGAACACUACCACAGAACGGGGGGAGAGUUCAAGGGCAAGGCAGAAGUCGAGAUGCAACUACGAAGAGGGCAAUGACGCACUUAGAAACGCGAAUGACAUAGGGGCGGGAUUCGAGGAGGAUCGAAACGUUCGGGAUUUUUGUCGGAGCCCAACUGGGAGAGGUUUGAACUUCGAGGGCGGCCGAACGGAAGCAGAGGAACCCAAGACACCGAUGGAGAACGGGUAUAAAGGACUCGCUGUGAAAUGCUCGAGGGAAGGCAUUAUUGAUUACUGCCUAUCCACACAGAAGAUCCUGUCGUUGAAGAAAGCCUUCCUUUUGCGCAAUAUGUGUCAGAAGAAAGGAAUACGUUACACGAAGAAGCCUGAGAUCAUCGAUAUGCUGGCUAGGGAGCAGGUGAUGCAAGCGUACAAAGGAUUCGAAGAAUCGGAGGGCCACGACGCUGACAGCGAGCAGGCAGAGGUGAAACUCGGGGAUGAUGUGCCGGGACCGACGAAUAGAGACAGUAAGCAGGAGACGAGGUCGUCAGGCAAGAGCGGCGAUCUCGUGGGAGAUGUUGAUAGAGUCAUCACCUCGACAACCGUGCUGCUGGCAAUGAGAGGACAAAUCCCGUGGCUUCGAAAGUACAUGGCUCGUUCGCCUGAGAUGUUGGACUUGAAACAACCUGGAGUUUAUGUGAUUGCAAACCCAUGUUCGAAGAAGACGUACGUUGGAAGCACAGUGAGGCCCAUGAUGCAACGCUGGCGAGAACACAUGACUAUCGCAAGGUCCGAAGCGAUUGGAAACUCGCCGAAGCUGUACCGCUGGAUAAGACGUUCGGGGCUGGGUAAUUUUGUCAUCAUCCCGCUGCGACAUGCAAACGAGGCAGACGAUAGAGCAUUCGAGAUGCAUCUGAUCCGGGAUUUCUCACCUAGUCUGAAUACGUGCAACACGAGGGGGCAGGAACUAGGCAUAAGAAGCCGCAAGAGGAAAGGGAGGAGAGAGAGGAAGAGAUUGAGGCAGGGAUCAGCUACAGUGAGUAUUCCCGUGAGCUUCAAACAAGCAGGUUGCAAAACUGCAAGGACAUCGAUUCUUACGUGGUUGGAAGAAGAGUGGAGAAAAGACGCGAAGGCACAGAGGAAGGUAGUGUUCCAAAAUAGUGAGAUAUGGACUGAUGGUUGGAAGAAGAUCAAGAACCUGUUCGGGAUGACGAAGAUAAGAAUCGACGGGAGACAGAUGGAGUUUGCUAGAGCGAAGGGCGAACUGCAGAAAGGGACGGUGUGCACAUUACUCGGGAUCACCAGGACACCUACGACGACUUCAAAGAGGCUACAAGAACUACGCGGCAUGCUGAAGAAACCUUUCCAGUUUAAAGGCUUGGCGGCACAUUCCACGAAUCGUCUGGUUGGUCUUUAUCGCGCUGCGGGGUUUUUCGGUGACAAGAAGACGAAGAAUGAUCUACGCUUAAAGAUCGAUCGUGCAAUACGGAAGAAGACGAUGGUGGGAAUAAGGAAGAGAGUGCAGGUGAAGGUGCUGUAUGACCGGCGAAUCGUGAAGAGAAGGAUCAGGGAGACGACCGAAGGGGUCGUGACCAAGUGCGUUGCAGACCAAGCAAAAGCGAAUCUGAUUAAGAGUAGGAUUCGUGAUGUAUCCUGCGGAAGUGCGGCCUGGGAGGACGCCACGGUUGCACAAUGGGCGAGGAGAUUUCGAGGGCUUGUGCUAGCCCCGAUCGAUCGAAACCAAGGCGAUACAGCAGUCGUGUGCCCUGUGCUGUACAGGCACGCUUUCGGCAAGAUGUUUUCAUGGAAUACCGACUACGCUCAAGUUCCGUAUGACGAGAAGGUUGUGAUGAGACAAGCAAGGCAGGAUUUCGAAGACGAAGGUCUGCAGAAAGCGGCGGAGUGGAAGACUAACGGCCGGAUUGGAAAAGCCUACGUGAUUCCGAAAGCCAAGGAUCUCACACGAUGGAGACCUAUAGCUCCUGCGACUAAUGACCCAGCUGGACUUGCUCAAAGGAGGGUAGGGAGGUGCCUGCACUAUCUCAUGAAACAAUUUCCUACUGAACAAUCUUUCUUUUUGAACUCCAUACAAGAGUUACCACAGCGGCUUCUGACUGCGACGAAGAGGCUUACUACGGAACAAUGCGAAGGGGCUGAGGGCCGAUGCUACGAUAUUAAAGACAUGUUUACAAGGAUUUCACAUAACGCGGUGAGGAAGGCAGUAAGGGAACUGUUGAGCUGGUAUGCAAACAGGGGCUGCAAGCAAGUGAAGGUCUCAAGGAGGGGUAAGAUGUGUACUCUGAGCAAGACUCGGCGGACUACCGACGGGUAUGUUGAUAUGAUGUACAAAUUAGUGAACUAUGAUUUGGAGCAUGCGUUUAUCACAUGCAGGGACGAGAUCAGACGUCAGGUAUCGGGCAUCCCAAUGGGGAAGUCCACCAGCCCCAUUUUGGUGACCAUUAGUUGUGCCAUGGCUGAGUAUCACUUCUUGGCAGGACUGGGGACCGAUCGGAGGCUUGUUGCAGGCUGGAGGAUUGUCGACGAUAUCACAGUGAUCGUCGGGAAAAGACAGAGCGAAGAUUCGAAACACUGCCGUGAUGUGUUCCGGACAUUUGAAUCAAGUUACAACAGUAAUCUGCAUUUGGUCAGGAAGGAUGACUCGAAGGACUACUGGCAUUUCCUUGGAGGUACCGUGUACCUCUUGGAGGGUCCUCUGAGUGUGUUGUAUGUGCCUAAGACGAAGAAUCUGGUCUCUCUGAGGAAGGAGGCAAAACUCACAUACCAGACUAUGCAGGAUUACAGCUCAUACUCAGAGAAGAAGACCAAGAAGUCGGCUCUGGCUGGGACUUUGAAGAAACUGUGGUCGUCAACCUCAAGUCAGGCUCUGGUCAUCGGCUCCAUCGCAUAUGCGUUAUGGGAAGCUAACCUCCGGGGCUAUGUCCCGGAGGUCUCUCUUGGUGCUUUGGCCAAGUUGGUCAAGGUUGUGGAAGAUACGAUGUUACUGUGCCUACUCAAGGCACUAAAAAACAUGCAGGAAAUUUCGAGUAGGUUGAGGGAAAAGCACGGGGUCGGGUAGGGCCCACGUGAUAGGGAGGGCAUAGAGUAGUUUUGAGAGGGAAACGGGGGUUCGACCGGUAUCUGGGAGAUAGCGCCCGUAGGAG